UCACAGAACAGAUGGUGCUCUGUGGUUGAACGUCACAACAUGAUGUCAUUUUUUCAUUCUAUUUUAUGUAUCGGAAAAUUUUUAUGUCAUCUAAACACACAGAUCUAUUAACGACGAACAAAAACUUGUAAUAAAUUAAUGGCAAAUUCAAUAAUCUACCCGAAUCAUUUUUAGAGUAAAACAAGAAAGAACAACUUAAAAAAAUGUAUGUUGUCUUACGAUCACCUCACAUUAGGCAUACACGUUCUAGGCUUUUAAAAAGUUGCCGAUAUUAUCACCUAAAUACGUAUUGUUUCUGCAAUGUAAAUUUAGUUCGAAUAGUCAACCCGAGCAUAGUGGAAUCCAAACGACUACAUUCGAUAAGUUCCCACAGUAAUUCAUUAUUUAAUAACGACUGCAAAGUAUUGACUAGUUACUGUAGUAUUUACAAACAUGAUCUGGUGCGACACAUUACCAUUUCUAGUAUAAGAUUUGACAAGGAGCCCCUCAAACCAUCCUCAAAAGUCGAAGUUACUGUUCAGGAACUAAAGAAAAAAGAGGAAGAACUGAAAGCAAAGCCAACAGAAGUCGCAAAACCUGUAGUAAAAAAAUCCAUAGUACAAAAAGUAUGGAACGAACUGGUGCACUAUUACCAUGGCUUUCGACUGCUGUUCAUGGACGUGAAAAUUUCAUCUGGCUUGGUAUGGCGGAUACUCAAUGGCAACACAUUAACCAGGAGGGAAUACCGUUUAUUAACUCGAACUGUUGGGGACUUGUUCCGACUAGUUCCUUUCUCAGUUUUCAUCAUUGUACCGUUCAUGGAAUUACUUCUGCCCGUUUUUAUAAAACUGUUCCCGGGGUUGCUUCCCUCUACAUUCCAAACUGCCACAGAGAAGGAGGACAAAAUCAAGCAAAACUUGAAAGUCAAACUGGAAAUGGCCAAGUUCUUGCAGGGUACUCUGGACGAGAUGUCCGUCCAGCACAAUGAUAGAUAUUCGGAUAGUGCUAAAGAGUUUUUGGAGUGGUUUAACAAAGUACGAACUUCAGGCGAGCUAGUUUCGACAGAAGAAAUCAUGAAAUUUUCCAAACUGUUCGAGGACGAAAUAACAUUGGACUCUCUAUCCAGAAGCCAGCUCAUCGCCCUGUGUCGCGUCUUAGAUGUACAGACUUUAGGCACAAACAACUUCCUACGUUUCCAACUUCGAAUGAAAUUGAGAUCUCUAGCCGCCGACGACAAAAUGAUACAAAAGGAAGGUGUCGAUUCCUUAACGUUGGGAGAAAUGCAACAAGCGUGCCGUGCGAGAGGCAUGCGGGCUUACGGAGUGAGCGAACAGAGACUGCGUUCGCAGUUAUUACAGUGGUUAGAUCUGAGCUUAAACGAAAAAGUGCCCCCGUCGUUACUUCUCCUGUCCAGCGCUCUCAUGCUGCCAGAGACCAUUCCGACGAGCGACAAGCUUAAAGCUACUAUAUCCGCGUUGCCGGAGACUAUCGUCAAGCAAACGCAGGCUGCGAUCGGCGAGAAGGAAGGAAAGAUCGACAACAGGGUCAGGGCUGAAAUACUACGUGAGGAAGAGAAGAAAAUUAAGGAGGAAAGAGCGGAGCAACGCGAAGAAAAGAAGAAACUGGAAAAGGAGAAAGAGAAAGACAAAGAAAUCCUCGUGGACAAGGCGCCGGUUAUUUCAGCCACUACGACACCUAUCUUAGAAGAUACGGCCAUGAAGAUAAGUGCCGAGAAGUUGGAGAAGGUCGAGAAGAAAGAGGAACACUUACAAUCCAAAGACUUCGAGAUUAUCGAGCACGCCAUUGACGCCGUCUCGAAAGAAAAGAAAUUCAUUGUCGAAAAGGAAGAACUUCAAGAACUCAAAGCGGAAAUGGCCGAUUAUAAGGAAGACGUCGAGGAUCUGGCCAAGGCGGUGGCUUCACAACCCAAACCGGAAGUCAAGGAGACCAAAGCGGCGAAACGUCUGUUCAAGAGCGUCAACAAGAUGAUCGACAGGUUGGACAACGUACUGGUGGACCUGGAGAAGAAGGAGAAGCAGCUAAAGAAGGAUUUGGAGAUCGAGGCGACAGACAAGAAGAAGGAGGAGUUGUUGCAGAUAGACGACAUCAUUUCGGCUAUCCACAAGAUAAAAGAUAUUCCCGACCAGAGCAAGGUGGACCAGAUCAAGAAUCUUCUGAAGAAGAUGGACGCUGAUCACGACGGGUCUCUCAAAAUUGACGAUGUCCUGAAGGUCAUCGAAAUCAUCGGAAAAGAAAACGUGAAGUUAUCGCCAAAACAGAUGGAGGAACUGAUCGAUCUCGUGGACAAGGAGGGGAUCUUAGAGGUGGAGGACAAGAUCGAGAAGGCCUUACAAAAGGACAAGGAAGCGAAGGAUGCCGAGAAAGUGGCGGAAAAGCAACCGUCGGAGAGUAAAGCAGCUGCCCCGGCGGAAGAGAAAGCGAAAGACAAGACGGACGAGUCGCAGAAGAACCCGCCCUCGUCGAAGCCAAAAAUGGACGCGCAGAGUAUAUUGACGCCACCCCCCAGUAUUGAUCCGAAGUCCAAGAGCGACGCCAGUUCUAAGAUGCUUUAAUUUAGAUAUGUUUAAUAAUAUUUUUAUAGAGGGAAAAUAUUAAAUUAUUUUUUUUUAUUUGCAACAAAGUCGAUGUAAAUAUUUUUCUCUAGCUGUGAAUGAAGUGGUGAAACAAUACAUGCUGUUUUUACUUUGUAUUGGUCCUAAUUGCAUUAUUUAGCGUUGCGAGUUUUUCGCUAAUACGUAAGAGAUGUUUUUUUUUACACUGUACUAAUUAUGUGAAGGUUAAAUGUAAGUCCAGUUUAAAGAAUCCGAAAAGUACAGGGACACAUUCUUUGCCUUGAAUUUUUUAGCUUUAAACAAGAAAAUGUUGCGAAAUUUUUGGAAACUCGAUUUUUAUUGUAUGAUAAAAAAAUUCUCGACACUGAGUGUGUAGUUAUGUAACUUUUACAUUGUAUGAAUGUUGUAGCCUGAAUUAAUUUAUUGUUGUUGAAUAAAAGUAAUAUUUUCCAGGUUUUUUA